GGGGAAAGCUGGAGGGGGACCGCCACAUGCCCCACAAGCUUUUGAGCCCCCGGCAGGCAGGGGUCGGCGGAGGCAGUCUUUCUGGCUCGGAAGGCGCAGCUUUCCCACCAGAUGGCGCUGGGUAUGGCCGCCAUCUGCGUCUGGUGCUUCCUGAACCUGGCCGCCCGCCAGUUCUGGGACGACUCCCGGUACCCCACCAGGGAGGCCCGGGUCCUGAGCAGGUGGCAGUUAUUGUUGACCCUUGGCCUCGUCGUGUUCUUGCUCGUGGUCGGCGGCUUUGGUAGGCUGUGCGCCAAGCGCGACCUCGUGAGCACCUUGGGUCUGGAGGUCAUCGUUGUGUCAGGAAUCACUGUCGGAAUGAUAUUGUCCGUGCUCAUCCCAAAGCACUACAUGGCGAGGGCCUUCGGCCAUGCGGACACGGAGGCCAUCUGGGGCCAUGGUAUGGGCGCCACCGACUGCAAUCUGGUGCUGAUGAUUGACUUGGCCGUAACCUCUGUGCACCUGCUAAUGCCCAUCCGCUGGGUGGUCCUCGUUCCCUUGCAGGUGGCCGCCGUCCUGGCAUACCUUGGGCCCGCGCUGUUUCUCGGCAGCCCAGCCAUGGGGCAGGUCCCCUUCAACAUCUUCGGGAUCCUGGCCCUCGUGGCCCUGUCGGCCGUUGGAAAGAGGGCGUCCGAGCGAAAGGAGCGCUUGUUGUUCGCCGGGCUCCUGUCGGAGAAGCAGAUGCGAUUCCAGGCGGAGUUCGAGCUGUCCAAGGUGGACAGCGGCGGGGAGGGAUCCGCCGCGCCGCCGCGCCCGGGCUCGACGCUGAGCGCGGCGGCCUUCGACCGCAACGCGCAGCACCCGUCGCUGGGACUGAUCCGCGCCAUCGGCGAGCAGGAGCAGUGGCUGAUUGCCAGUGGCGAGGUGCAGCUCUUGACCGACGGGGUCCUGGGCAGCGGCGGCUUCGGCCUCGUCGUGAUGGGGCUGUACCACAACACCCCGGUGGCGGUGAAGGCACCGAGGGAGGACAUGGUCCGCGAAGGCGUGCUGAGAUCGUGCCUCCCCGCGCUCUGCAACGAGCUCAGGAUCCUGCGGCGCAUCCGCCACCCCAACAUCGCCUUCCUCUACGGGGCCUGCCUGGGCGCCGGCCUGCGCAAGCUGUGCCUGGUGCUGGAGCUCGUAGACGGCGUGCCCCUGGGCGCCUUCGUCCGCGGCCCCCGCGGCGCCGCGGAGCCCCGCCGGGGCGCGCCCCAGGCCAGUGGCCUGGCCAGCAGCGCUUCGGUGCAGUCCGCGCUCAUCCUCGACAUCCUGAACGCGCUGCGCCACCUGCACUCGAGGCAGCCGGUGGUCGUCCACGGCGACCUGAAGGACUCCAACGUCUUCGUUGAGGAGCGGCGCAGGCGGAGCGGGCGGAGCUCCCACCACGCCAAGCUCCUCGACUUCGGCCUCUCGCGGCUCGUCACCUCCAGUGCCGAGCCCCUGGGCGGCUCGCUGCGGUGGAUGGCGCCAGAGCUGCUCUCGCGCAAGGCCGUCCCCCCGGACGACGCCGCCGACUGCUACUCGUUUGGGCUGCUGACGUACCUCAUCCUGACAGGGCGCCUGCCGUUUGAGGACAAGCACACCAAGCAGGUGCAGAAGCAGCUGAGGCGCGGCCAGCCGCGGCCGCCCAGUCUGGCAUGGCCCGCCCCCGCCAGCGAGCUCGCGCGGGCCUGCCGCCCGGCGGUGGAGCAGUGCAUCCAGGCGGCGCCCGCCCUGCGCCCCCAGACGGAGAGCGUCAGCGACCACCUCGCCGCGGUGCUGAGCCGUUUUGCGGGCGGCGCGUUGGAGCGGGCGGUCGAGAGCCCCGUCGACGGAGUCCCUGGCAGAGGGGGCGAGCCGCUGGCCAGCGGCGGGCCCGCCGCCGCGGACACCCCGGCCAGCGGGGCCCACCAGGAGCUCCAGGGCCCGCUGGGGCAGGCUGGGGACGCCCGCGUCGUCGCGCUCGCGUCCGACAUGGGCUUCGGGAGCCUGCCCCACGCGAGUGAGCACAGGGCCCUGGGCGGGAGCCCGCCCCCCGUGGGGGAGCCCGCCCUUCCGAUGCUGUCGGGGGAGGCCCUGGGCCGCACCGCAGCGCCGUCUCGCGAGAGCCCCGGGGGUGUGCAAGAGCAGCUGGCGAGCCCGGAACACCGGCUGACGCCCCUGAGCACGCGGGCCCUGACCCUGGUGCUGCUGAUGCUGGAGUGGACGGGUCCCACGGCGAGGGGCGCCUGCUGCUGGCUGCACGGCGCGCUGCGUCACGUGGACACCGUGCGGGAGGAGCUCCGCAGCUGGCCGUGCAAGGGAGGGCUGGGAGUCGCGGUCUGCGGCCAGUGCGACACAUGCGGGCUCCUGCUGACGGGCAGCCAGACCGCGAGCCUCGGGAACUCGCUGGAGCACGAGGCCCACUCGCAGUCCAGGUCGGCGCCCCUGAACUUUGAGGCCCUCGCCCUGGCGUUCCUGAUGCUGCACUGGAACGCGCCGAUGCCGAGGGACGCCUGCUGUUGGCUGCACGGCGCCCUGCGUGCCAUGGACACGGUGCGGGAGGAGCUCGGCCGCUGGCCGUGCAACCUGCGGCCCGAGUUCAGGGCGUGCGACCAGUGCGACACCUGGGGGCUGCUGAAGAGCCGCAGCCUGGCGACGCCCGAGCUCAGCGAGAGCCCAGGGGCCUCGGUCGUCGUGGAGGGCCCCUUCUGUGGCUCGGGAGAUGCGCAGGACGUCUGAGCCAGCACGGCCUCGCCUGGGCAGCGCCAUGCCGCCCGUUUCACCUGCCAAAGAAGCUCAUGAAGAGGCCCACUUCUCGCCAGAGGAAACUCGCAUCAGGUCCUGUCCUGGCGCGAUGGGGGCGGAUUGUGCGAGACUUCCCGCCAUCAGGAAAUGGGGCCCUCGAAGGCCUGCUGUCCGCGCGCGGGAAGUGAAGCAACUUCCCGCGCGCGCAAAAAAACAUCCUUGGUGUCGCAUCUUUCUUCACAACCAGAACAGACCAUAUACAUCUGAAUAUUUGCUCUGGCGGGGAACAGGCAACAACAUGCUGGAUGCACACGCUUGUGUCCGCCAAAUCUGAAUGCGCAUGUGAGCAAUCUUGUUGGGCAUCCUUUCACUCGUAAGGCAUGUGGCGUUUCAAUUGCCGCGCGGCGGCCAGGUUAUGCUCGUGGAUCGGGCGAGCCAUCAGAAUUGCGUUCACUUGCGCUCAAGAAACUUUUCACACAUGUCAAUUCAUUCUUCAAACAUGUCUAAGCUGAAUAGCGCGAAGUUCCGAAGUGGCUAAGGCAAUAAUGGAACCAUCGUGGCGAAGACGUCUCAGCCGACUUAUGAUCGCAGUUCGGUAAUUUUGCGCAAUUGGUUAGCGACUUAGUCUGCUCAGUAUGGUCGCGGACCCAGGCUAAAUUGGUUAGGCACGCAGCAAUGUCAAUGCCUUAUUAGUUGGUAUGUGCAUAUAUCAGACAUGCUGUGCUGUUUGUUUAUGGAUGUUCGUUCGUUGCAUCUAAAAUGGUUAGAGGUGGGUGUUUUGUGUGAGUUUUACCGCAUUGCUUCCUGCUUCCCCUCGAGCUGACCGACGGCACCGCGGACAGUCAGCAAAGCUGACGCGCCUCAGUCUAAGUGCAGCGGGUUCGGGGGGUAUUCAGCGUGGCUUGCGGUGUGUCGGUGAGGUCUGUGGGAAGCCAUGGGCCUAUUUCCACUACAGCCGACUGCGAAGGCCUUACGGCCAGUGCCGCCGACCCUGAAUGGCGACGACGGCGACGACGACGACGA